AUGGUUUCUCGAGCCGCCCUCGCCUCUUCUCUCGGCCGCUCUCUACGGGCUUCGCGCCACCCAGCCCCCCUUCUCCGGUCUUUCGCGACUGCCUCGUCGUCAGUGUCGACGAGCCCAGAGACGCAGAUCACUACCCUCAAGAAUGGUCUGACUGUCGCUACAGAGUCGCACUCACAUGCGCAGACCGCCACCGUUGGUGUCUGGAUUGACGCCGGCUCGCGUGCGGAGACGGACGCGACGAACGGUACCGCUCACUUCCUUGAGCAUAUGGCUUUCAAGGGUACCGGCCGUCGUUCACAACACGCCCUCGAGCUCGAAGUCGAGAACCUCGGCGCGCACCUGAACGCGUAUACUUCGCGCGAACAGACGGUCUACUAUGCCAAGAGCUUCCGCAAGGACGUUCCUCAGGCGGUUGACAUCAUCUCCGACAUUUUGCAGAACUCGAAGCUGGAGAACAGUGCGAUAGAGAGGGAGCGUGAUGUCAUCCUGAGGGAGCAGCAGGAGGUGGACAAGCAGCAUGAGGAGGUCGUUUUCGACCACUUGCACUCGGUUGCUUUCCAAGGUCAACCUCUUGGCCGCACCAUCCUCGGACCCAAGAAGAACAUCCUCUCCAUCACGAAGGACGACCUCUCCAAUUACAUCAAGACCAACUACACCGCCGACCGCAUGGUCCUCGUCGGUGCUGGUGGUGUCGACCACAACGAGCUCGUCAAAGCCGCCGAAAAAUCCUUCUCCACCCUCCCCGUCUCCUCCAACCCCAUUCCUCUCGGCCGCCUCGCGCACCCCAAGACGAAGUUCAUCGGUUCUGAAGUUCGUGUCCGUGAUGACGACAUCCCAACCGCGAACAUUGCCAUCGCUGUCGAGGGUGUUGGCUGGUCCUCACCCGACUACUACCCCAUGCUCGUCAUGCAAUCCAUCUUCGGCAACUGGGACCGUGCUCUUGGCAGCGCCUCGCUCCUCUCCUCGCGCCUCUCGCACAUCAUCUCACAGAACAACCUCGCCAACUCGUACAUGUCUUUCUCAACAUCCUACUCCGACACCGGUCUCUGGGGUAUCUACCUCGUCUCGGAGAACUUGCACAAUUUGGACGAUGUCAUGCACUUCACGCUCAAGGAGUGGACAAGAAUGAGCAUCGCCCCGACGAGCGUGGAGGUCGAGAGGGCGAAGAGCCAGUUGAAGGCGAGCUUGCUUUUGAGCCUGGAUGGAACGACGGCCAUUGCGGAGGAUAUUGGGAGGCAGUUGGUCACUUCGGGACGGAGGAUGACGCCUCAGCAGAUCGAGCAGGCGGUCGAUGCUGUUACUCCGGAUGAGAUCAAGCGUGUGGCGCAGAAGUACCUUUGGGAUAAGGACUUCUCCAUGGCUGCUAUUGGUUCGAUCGAGGGUCUGCUCGACUAUAACCGUAUUCGUGCCGACAUGUCUUCGCUGAUCUACUAG